AGUACUGCACUGGGGAUCUGUCAUUUCCAAAAGCAAAAGCGCUUCAUCGCGGUUGUUUUGGUCUGUUCACUCCAAAAGUUUAAAAAACUUGCAUUUUCCGAACAUUUUCGCGUGAAUUUGGUUCAAAAAUAGUUCAAAAUGGGAGACAAAGAUCAAAGCAUCAUGGAUAAAUCCAUGCGAUCCGUAUUCGUCGGAAACAUUCCCUAUGAAGCAACAGAAGAGAAGCUGAAGGAUAUUUUUUGUGAAGUAGGACCGGUCAUCUCCUUGAAAUUGGUGUUUGAUCGCGAAAGUGGAAAACCGAAAGGGUAUGGAUUCUGCGAGUACAAAGAUCAAGAAACGGCCCUUAGCGCUAUGCGUAACCUCAACGGCUACGAAAUCGGAGGCCGAGCAUUGCGCGUGGAUAACGCUUGUACGGAAAAAUCUCGCAUGGAAAUGGCAGCGUUGCUGCAGGGGCCGCAGAUCGACAAUCCGUAUGGAGAUCCAUGUGAUCCGCUGAUGGCCCCGGAAAUAGUGACCAAAACCGUGGUGUCAUUGCCUCCGGAACAGAUGUAUGAAUUGAUGAAACAGAUGAAAACCUGCUUCCAAAACAAUCCGGUGGAAGCUCGCAAUAUGCUGCUACAAAAUCCACAGUUGGCUUAUGCUCUUCUGCAAGCGCAAGUGGUCAUGAGAAUUGUCGAUCCGGCCACGGCCGUCACUUUUCUCCAUAAGGCCAACCAAAUGCCUCCCGUGCUGACCGGAGACACAAUGAGCAUUCCACCGUCUCAGCAUUCGCCGAUACCGAUGCCGGUGCCAGCUCCGAUGCCGGUUCCUCCUGUCAGUGGACCGGCUUCUUUUGCUCCUAGUGUGGGACACGACGUAGAUCUACGCAAUGUCGAUCCCCGAUUGGGACGCCAGCUUAAUCUGGAUCAGGAUAUGCGUUCACUACCAGCAACGGGUGCAGGACUUCCAUCAGCUAUGGACAACUUCAAUCAACGGGCUGCGCCUCCACCGCGUCCGAUUGGUCCUCAAGCACCGCCACAAGCUAAUCCGUUCCCAGUGGAUCCACGUCAGCGUCCGGUAGAUCCGCGUCAAGGCCCGAAAGAUCCCCGUCAGCAGCCGGGUGGAUCCAAUCGGCCACCACCACCAGCGCCACCGUCAUCGUCUUCGAUGGCGGCAGCUAGUGCUGCAGCUGCGGCUUCGUCCAACGGUAUUCCGAAUGAUGCGUCCGACCAGGAGAAGGCAGCACUCAUCAUGCAAGUUUUGCAACUUUCGGAUGAACAGAUUGCAAUGCUUCCGCCGGAGCAACGCACUAGCAUCCUGGUGCUGAAGGAACAAAUUGCCAAGAGCACGCAGCGUUAGGAAUUUUCGGAUUGAGGAAUAUGGGAAUUAUCGGCGUACAUAAUCUAUCCUUCUUGCAUAACUGUCACAGGGGAUCCCAUGCAACAUGGGAUAUUCAUGCGUAGAGCUGCAGUAAAUGUAAUAACAAUUA